UUUUCAUCUUUUCUCUCUGUUUUCUUCCAUUUCUUCUGUUGAUCAACCCUGGGUUUGCCCUUUUUCUUUCAUCGACGUCGCCCGUAACAAACCCCCAAACCAUUACAUGCAUCCCAAGGUCUCCAGUAUCCCCUUCUCCUUCCGUCCUACCCUUCUCCUUCGUCAGCGGAUCGUCCGCGAAAUCAAAUGGCGGGAACCUUCAAGUCCAAAGACGCCUCCCUCCAACCCGGCGUCCAUCUGCCCCCCUCCAUCGCAGAUAGCCACGACUGCUCCCAGCUGAAGGAUGUCGAUCUGGAACACCAGGCCCAUCCCGUGGCCCAGUCUGAUUCCGAUCUCGAAGUCGUCGGCAAGCAGAUCGAACUCGAGGCCGGUAAUUCCAUCAAGUAUCGGACAUGUAGUUGGCAGAAGACUGCUGCCCUACUUUUCUCCGAAUACAUCUGUCUGGCCAUGAUGUCGUUUCCCUGGUCUUAUUCUGUUCUCGGUCUUGUUCCCUGCCUGAUCUUGACCGUGACCGUGGCCCUUUUUGUGCUCUAUACAUCGCUCAUCGUUUGGCAAUUCUGCUUGAAACACCCCGAUGUCCGCGAUGUCUGUGAUAUUGGCCAGUUCCUAUUCUGGAACUCUAAGGUGGCUUGGUAUCUGACCGCUGCCAUGUUCCUGAUAAACAAUACAUUCAUCCAGGGCUUGCAUUGCUUGGUGGGUGCCGAGUAUCUCAACACCAUGACAGGCCACUCCAGGUGUACUAUCGUGUUCAGUGUAGUCACGGCCAUUACUUCAUGGGUCUGUUCGCUGCCGCGCACGUUCAGCUCUCUAUCCCAGGCCGCCACAUUUUCUGCAUUAUUUACCUUUGUGUCAGUGUUGCUGGCCAUGAUCUUCACAGGUAUCGGCUCUCAUCCUGCUGGCUACACUGAGAAGUUGGGAGAUCCCAUUAUUACCGCAAUUCCGGUAGCUGGGACAACCUUUGUCUCGGGGCUCAAUGCCUUUUUGAACAUUAGCUACACCUUCAUUGGCCAGAUCACUCUCCCAAGCUUCAUUGCGGAGAUGAAAGAACCCAGGGACUUCUGGAAAGCCGUGACGGCGGUGACCAUCGCCGAAAUCAUUCUGUUUAGCCUGGUGGGCUCCAUCAUCUACGCCUAUACUGGAAAUCAGUAUAUGACUGCUCCCGCCUUCGGGUCGAUAGGCAAUGAGGUGCUCAAGAAGAUAUCCUUCUCCUUUAUGGUUCCUACCCUGAUUUUCCUCGGCGUCCUGUAUGCAUCUGUAUCCGCUCGCUUUGUCUUCUUCCGCCUUUUCGAAGGCACACGACACAAAAGCAAUCACACAGUUGUCGGGUGGGCCUCCUGGGCCGGCAUCCUAUUUAUUCUAUGGGUCCUGGCCUUCAUCAUCGCCGAAGUCAUUCCAUUCUUUUCCGAUUUGCUCUCCAUCAUGAGCUCUCUGUUCGAUUCCUUCUUUGGCUUCAUUUUCUGGGGUGUUGCUUACCUUCGCAUGAGGAAUGAUGAGUACGGCCCUGGUUUCUAUAAGAAUCGCGGCAUCCGGGGCUGGCUAGGUUUCUUGGUUAACAUCAUCAUUAUCGGCAUUGGAUUUUUCUUUUUGGGUCCGGGUACCUAUGCCUCCAUUGACAGUGUCGUCUUAAGCUAUGAAGCGGGGUCUUUCGGGAAACCAUUUUCAUGUGCCAAUAACGGAUUGUAAUGAUAUGGAUGGCAAGCUCGUCACACGCGGGUCGUGUCUUUUUCUUUUUGUAUAACUUGGACUCCCCCUCCCCUAACCAGUUACGCUGUCAUGAGUUGCUUCUCUUGCAUCU